UCAGGCGUAAAUAUAGAUCUGGGAGGGUUGUUCUUAAGAGGGUUGGUAUGGACUUGUUGGGCUGAAGGGCCUAUUUCCAUAUUGUAGGGAAUCUAAUCAGUCCAGAGUAAACUAUGUUCCAGUCUGGAGUGAACUCUAUUCCACUCUGGCAGUAAACUGUGUUACAAUCUGGGAGUAAACAUUGUACAAGACCGGGAGCAAACUGUGUUCCAGUCCUGGAAUAAACUCCAUUCCAGUCCGGGAGUAAACUGUGAUCCAGUCCGCAUUUCCAUGAUGUCCUGUUUGUUCUCCACGUGGCGGAUUCUCUGGAGAAAUAAACAAGUGGCUCCACGUCCGGCCUGAGUGUCAGACUGCUCGCGCUCCCUCAGUAACGGUAACAGGUUGGGCCUCGAGCGGGAACUGGGCCUCGCGCCGGAGCUGGACUCGCACCCGGGUUGAGCCGCGGCUUUGCCAUGUGGCUGUUGGGGCCUCGGUUGCUCUGGCUCUGGCUCUGGCUCUGGCUCUGUCCGCUGAUGUGGGCCGGAGACGCGGUGUUCAAUUCGAAGACGUACGGGAGGAUGUUAGAAAGCCUAUCCAACAAGGUCCCUGUGCAGCAAGUAAACAGCAAUAACAGCAGCAGCAACAACGGUAGCAGUCCUGGGAUGGCGGCCGGAGGUAAACUCAUCAAGGACGGCAAUGUGCCUGCUGAUGAACAGUCCAUGAUGAUCCAGCGGGCUCUCUAUGUGCUCGUCGCUGUCACCGCCUUGGUGGUUGUGUACUUCGUGGUGAGGACCAUCAGGAUAAGAAAGAUUCACAGAAAGAACCGGAAGUAUGGUGUACUGAGUACAAAUCUUGAAAACAUGGAAAUGAAGCCUUUAGAUCAGGAAGAUGAUGAUGAGGAUGACACAUUAUUUGAUGUACAUCAAUCAAGAAGGUAAAUGCAGACCGUCUUAAGAGGGUGCCCUGCAAGAAAACCAAAGCUGUAGAGUAAUAUAAAGAAACUACCUACAUCUUGAUAUACCAGAAUGAGCUCCAAGUCUGUGUAUUGUACGCGAUUGUAAGUUAGUGUAAUUUUGUAGCUCUACUUUCUUGAAAAACGCGCUAUUUUAAUAAGAUAAAGCUUUUGAUUCUGAUAAUAAAUGUAAAUUAAAACUGAGAAUGUAUUUUUUUAAUUCCUUGCUAAAAUUGAGAAUUAUCUUUUUUUAAGGUUGCAAAUUCUCGACAUUUCUUUUGUACUUGUGAAUGCUAAUCUGAGUUUAAAUAGAAAUAAUCUGGGAUAUAGAAUUUUUGCUGGUUAAAAAAUCAAAUCUGUUCCUGAGUCAAACUCCAACCUCUUUUUAAAAUUACAAUCAGACUUCUAUAAUAAUAGUCUAGUGAUGGGAAUUGUAAAAAAAAAAACUGGUGGCUAAUAUUAGAUCUAGAGGUAAUAAGAUUUCCUUGGCAAUAUAAAUUGUUACUGUGGCUUGGAGCCCUAUGAGAAGGUAUUGGUACUGUAUAGUAAUUUGUUUAAAAUGAUUUUUUCUGUCAUGUUGCUAUUGUAGAUAAUGUGUAUUAUAUUAGCAUAUAUUUUGUACAGAAUAUACACUAUGUGAACAAACUAGGCAAAUGUUUACAAACUAACUACCUGAAGAGAAUUCCUUUUUAUUUGUUUCAUACGUUUCCAUUUAUUUCAAAGCAGCAUAGAAAUUUGAAAGAAUUUUUGCUUCAUGUUGAUCAAUGCUUCACAAUUACAUUUCUAUAAUAGUUUAUAGCUUUUUGACAAAUGAUCUUUCAGUACUCUUUGAGUAGGCGCACCAUUUCAAAAUAUGUUUCAAAGUGACAUCUUGAGUUUUAUGCCCACUGUGCAACAAUCUCCACCCCAGGCAGAAAAACGAUGCAGGUCCUAGAACUUGCCCGAGGUGGAACAGGAAUCAAACUCCAUGUUGCCCAGAGUUAUGGAUAGUGAUGGCAGAAGCUCUAAUUUAAUCCCAUCACGUGACUGACCCAGAAAUGUUUUCCAUUCUUGCUGCCUGCCAUUAUUUGGAAGGAUUUUGAAAGUUGAUGCUCAACCUGUUUGGCCACAUUAUAAAUACGCCUUCCUUGGCCAUCAAAUCCCUAUACAAGAUCGUAGAAAGCGUAAGUCCAGAAACCUUCGAUGAAUUCUGUGAUUUGGUGCAUUUUUCUAAAUUAUCCUCAUUCACCUGGUACUGAGAUCUUCACAUUAAUAAUUAAGAUAUGGCUGUAGAGCUUGUAAUAAUUUGCUACUCUCAGACCUACCUUUUGAACAGGUCAAUUAAAAUGCUUCCUAGUUUAGGUUACUCCUCUGCUUCAUGUGGGCAGUGUGGUAAGUGGGUCCCUGGCACUGCUUCCUCAAAGUGCCAGGGACCCAGGUUCAAUUCCAGCCUUGGGUGACUGUGCAAACU